AUGUCAGGUGGUUCCUCUGUGGAAGGAUCAGUGCAGACAGCCCCGUUCGAAUUCGAAUGGGAGCUGUGUCGAGAGAAUGUGAAACCGCUGAAAUCUGGUCGUCGUGUUGAUGCCAUAAACCAGGCUCUGGCUCAUAAUGCUUGUGGCUCAAAAGCGGAGUCAUUAGCGAAUCAGCAGUUCGACAACAUGAUGAAACUCUGUGAUGAUUCAAAUGACCCGCUCAAACACUGCCUGGAGUUUUGCACUUGGUACGCAAAAUGUCCAGAAUAUAUUGACGACGAAAGAAUGAUGCGCAUCUGGGAGAAGUUAGCUGACAACAGUCUUGACCACGGUUGGGAAAUCUACCAGCAUGCGAAUACAAUCGGAUCGCUAACUAGGUGUGCCCAACUGUACAUUAGAUGGUCACAGGAUCUAGAAAUGCGUGGAGCGAUCUCAUACGCCAGAGCAGUACUACAACGAGCACGACGUAAUGGAGCCGUGCCACUGGAUGUGAUAAACAGUGAAGAGGAUCGUAUGGAAAUGCGUCAGAUUCGGCGCUGCCUAGAAGACAAGAACGAUGGUGACGAUUCAUGGAAUGAAGACGAAUGCGAUGAGAACGGGAAACGUGUACCAUUCACGAGAUUAGCAGCAAUGGAAGACUCCUCUGCGGCGCCAGUUAUUCGACUGCCAUGCAUUGUUGGCGAACAAGGUAGCAGUAAGCUGGAUAGGGGACAACGUGAUCAAAAGUCUAAAACAAAUCAAGUGAAUGCUUUCCAAGUAUUUGAAGACCAUGGAGACGGUGCUUAUAGGAACCUUGAAGAUAUUUUCGAGAUGGAUAAUCAUAUAGAGCGAUUCUCACUCAAUGAUCAUGAUACAGAGAAAUGGAAAGCGAGCAAGGUGCCACUGAAAAAACUGGAACACUGCGCCAGCAAUUUUAGUGUGUGGCAGGACGACGAGCAAACCGAGGGCACACUGUCAAGUAAAGUUGCAGGAUCGGUGGUACUUAAACUAAGAAAGUUGCUUAUCAGGGAGAUAUCUAUCGAGGAACAUCUAGCUUGCAUGUUUGAGAGCAAGCAAGCCAAAGAAGAAAUGAAGAAGAUUGUGAGGAAGAUAGAUUUUCAUGAAGAGUAG